UUUUUAUUAUUUCGCGCAAUAUCGUGGAUAACAUGGCUCGCGAUGUAAAGAUUUUUUCGAGAACCCGAGCAAAAUAGGAAAAUGGGAAUGAAAUCAUGAAUUAAAAAAAAUGUCGAGGCAUUUAUCUUCGCAAGAAGUACUAAAAAAUGGACGUAAGCACGUUAAAUUGUUUCGAGCAUGUUCCGAGAGAUUUUCGCGCAUAUUGUGAAAUACCUUUCGACUUGAGAAACUCGAGCGUGCACCGGAAUGCUCGGUAGACUGAAAUUUAAUAGGACUCAAGAUAAAUUACUUUUAUGUUCUCGAAAGCGUAAUUAACUUCGGAUGCUGUAUGUAAAUAAUAAUUAUUAUAAAUCCUUAUGUUGCGAAAGGAAUGCGAGACCUUCGUUGCGCGAGAGUUUUCUCCCGCUGCUCUAAUUGUUUCGGCGCGGUGAGCGCAUGGUGAAAGUCAUAAUACGUAUAUUACGGCAAUGUAGACCCUGAGGGAGAAGAGAGCGAAACAUCGUGUAUACGUUUCCUCUCUUCGAGUACACAGACACAUGCCUUCAUGUUACAAUUCGAUUUUGUACAAAUUUUUACAUUAAAUUGUAGAGAUUCGGAAACGUAAGACGAGUUAAGGCUGGUUUAUGCAAGGCCGUAACCGUUAACUUAUGCCGGAAUCGGUAAAAAUUGCCCAAUCACCGUUAAAAGUGAAGAGAAUAAUUGACUGCAAUUGGUUAAUUUUUACCGAUUCCGGCAUAAGUUAACGGUUACGGCCUUGCAUAAACCAGCCUUUAAUUGUUUAGAUAGUGGGUGGAAAUGGAUUUCUAAAUAUUAUAAAUAGGACAAAUAAAAUUGAGAACUGAGAAGAUUCUGCUCCGAAUAAUCUCCGGUGCAAUCUGCUCUCAAUAAUGUACCAAAACUGUAGUCCUUCACAACAGUUCUUAAACUGUUCACAGAGGAACCUCCACUUUAUUUUCCCCUCUGCAUGGAGAUUUCAACUCGUCUCGAUUCGACUUCAUAUAACUCUUCGUACAAAAUACAAACGAUUUCCUAUAAGAACUUUGUUCUGUGUAUCUAUUCCGGCUAAAUGCCAGAUGGAAAAAUAAUUAAUUAAUUGUCUUCAUGCAAAAUACAAACGAUUGAAUAUAUUUAAGUAACAUAAAUACCGGCCAUAGUUAUCCUUCUCACUUUGAGUGUAAAAAGUGUAACGUAGUGCAAUACGCAGUGCUAAAAAGAACAGACGUAUGCUAGCGCUAGCAACCGAGUGUUAUUCAAUCACGCGUGAUUCGUGAGCGGCGUUUGUAACGUCUGUACAAAAACGUAUGAUAUUGUGUAAAUUACUUUUAUUCAAGAGCUGCGAAUACACAUAAUGGCGCAAGUAGGAAAUGUGACGGCGGAUCAAUUAAUUGCUGGCACCAGCGUGCUGUCGAGACCCGCUGAAGAAUUUGAAAAUGACCCGUCUUUGGAGGCAAUGUGGGCAAUGAAAGCAAUGGAACAUGCAGAGGUUUAUUUUAACAUUUUGUGUUCGGUUGACCCAAAACUUUUGAAACUCACACCUCACGACGAGCAGAUCUACAAGACUUUCAAGGAUACCUUUCCCACUAUGAAAGUGGACAAAGUGGACGAGGACGAGUUGAAAUCUCCAGAGGGGAAAAUAAAGUGGAGGUUUUUCUGUGAACAGUUCAAGGACGUUGUGGAGGACUAUAGUUUUGGUACAUUGUUGAGAGCAGAUUGCACCGGAGAUUAUUCGGAGCAGAACAGCAUACUGACGACUAGGAUACAAUUUUACGCUAUAGAGCUCGCGAGAAAUAGAGAAGGCUUCAAUGACGGCGUGCGAGAAAAAUACAAACCGAAAAGGACUGUAAAAAAAUAGCUAGAUGCGAUGUCAACUAGUUACGUUAACACUGCUGAAAGACGAUUCAGAGAUUUAUAAUUUUUCUAUCUCUUUUUUUUAAUGUGAGAGACAUUUAAUGUGAGAGACAUUUGAAUAACGUAAGAGACAUAAUUUUGUAAAGUAUAUAUAUAUAUAUAUAUAAUAAAAGAUAUAUACACGAUAAUGUAGACAUUAAAUUAAUUUAAAUAGGUUCCUCUUAAUGACAAAACGAACUAUCUCUUCUUAAUUUCAUGUAACAUCAGAAUAAUAAAAUAAAAAUUACCUUAUUAAGAAGGCAAUGGCUCUGUAAAGUAUGAAAAAUUAAAGAAUAUGAGGUUGCACAAGGUGUCUUAAUUCAGAGGGUGAAAAACGUACGAGCGGCUGUUUCUAGAAUAUAUUGCUAUAUACACACUUUAAUAACCAAAAACAAACAUUACAGCAAUAAUAUCGUUAUUAAUAUAAUAUUAUAUGCAAUAAUAGAAUCGUUUAUCAAUCGUAGUGAAAACACCGAAAACCUUGCUUCUUUUCUUACCGGAAAGAACAAUGCGUACGGUUUGCCUUCUUUUUUUGUUUAUUAUUAAUAAUAUCAAUUCGCAUAAUGGCGCUCGAUCGACCGCACCCGCGCGCCGUUGUAAAUCUUCAGAAAAGAAAAGGAAAAUUGGUAAACGUUACCCUUGUUCGCUACACAAUAGCGCAUUAGCGCGAAUGUCGCUGUCUCGAGAGCGCGGUCGACCCGCGUGCCAAUCGAUCGUUUAUCGUAGAAUAAUAAAUAUGACAGUGCGUUACCUAAAAAAUCUGUCUUUUUAUGCAACUCGCACAUUCAAAUACAAGUGUACUCGAAAAAUGUACAUUGUUUUAUUGCCCUUACGAACGUUAAGGGGAAUAGGAACUGCCAAAUCGCUACAUGGCGAGUAUACUUUAGAGGCGGUACGGUACACCCUUUUCGAUCUUUGCAUUUUAGUGACGAGACGUAAACGAAGAAGCAACUUGCGAAGAAGGUCAUUUAUCUUCCUUCAUUCGACACACGCUAAUCAUACAAUUGCUCUUCUUCCAAAUUGUGAGUCACCUAACGAUUUGGCAAUCACGGAUUCUCCUCGAGUCUCUAUACGAGCGGUACAUCUGCGACUUCUCUCCCAAUCUCGCUCAUUCUCUCCCUCUCUUUCAAACUCUUUCUUAUUCUCGCGUUCGCUCUGUAUCUCUGACCGCUAAAAAAAUAUCCGAUACAAGAUCAUAUGAGAAUCACAAAAUAGAGCUUUGAAUAAAAUCUGCUUUAGAUGAGCGUCUUUCGUAUGAGCGUAAUAAUAAGUAAAGUAAUUAAAUAAGUAAUCUAGUGUAUUUUAUACAUGUCGAAGAUGUGGAAUAUUUUUACAUACUGUAAGAGAGAUUUAUCUCUCUUUCCAGAAAAGUCAAUUCAAAAGUAUUUAAAAGAUAUCACAUUUGUAUGUAUAUUUCUCUCUCUCUCUCUCUCUCUCUCUCUCUCUCUCUCUCUCUCUCUCUCUCUCUCUCUCUCUCUCCUCUCCGUUGUUACUCUUUCGGUUUAUUGCAUCUCUAUUGAAUGGCGCGACCAGAAAAUAGAGCUUGCCAAAUCUCACGUUUGUAUCUUAACAGUUGACUUGGGUCGCUCGCGCGUAAUAAAUUACAAGAAUCACUUACGAGAUCGACCCUCGAAUAAUGCGGCAGAAUCAGAACCUUGACCAUUAGGUUUCCGCUUAAUUAUGUUCAUUAAUUUCUCCCGUAUCGUUCGAGGGCGAUUUUGUUCUAGGGUGCUUGAAAAGGAAGCGUAAAAUAAGACUGAAAUGUACAAUGAUAAUGAGUUUACGUAUGAUCUCUAUUAAAGUUAAAAAGAAACUUGUACAUGUGAUCCACACUUAAACGCUACAUGCCGCCAAACGGUCUUCAUUCUAACACUUUAAUGACACGCAGAUUCUUAACUUCCAUGCGCAAUAAAUAAAAUUCAUAAUCGAACGACCGUAUUUAAUACUACGUGUGAUAUGCAAAUACGAAUAUAGCUGACAUUUUCUAACAUUUUAGAAGAAUAAAAUAGACAGAAGAUAGAAUAGGACAAUAAAAAAAUCUUGGAUCGUCUCUUAAUGUGCAUGCAUAUUUUUACACGUGGAUAGAUUCAAUUUGAUGGUCCCUCAGAGUCUUAUUAGUUUCGUUUAAAGUGACGUCUUUAUCAAAUUCAUAACAGUACGUUUCGUGCCUUUACGCUCUUUUUUUUCAAACACCUUAGAAUAUAUGUGAAUUACAGUGCAUCUCUCUCCCGAGCAAAUAACUCAUACAUAAUAGAAAGUGACGUGAGUGGACAUCGUCAUCGUUUUCGCAAAUAAAUAAGUGGAGAAUUGUAUGAACCUGUACAAAAGUCAACGACUGUAUGUAAGAAAUUCGUGAUAUACGACGGAAAAUAUGCUUGAACGCCUUGAACACGUAUCCCGACGAUGGGCGAUCGUCGAAAAAUAGAGUUGAGGAAAUGAAUUAUCACAACUAUCCUUAACAAUGACGGUGAUAGCGUACUCCUUCUGACGUCUCUCCGAUCGCGUAUUACUAUAUAUUUCGCGAGAUUUUCGCUGCGCGCAUACGCCACGUUCUUUAAAUCUAUACGCUCCUCCACGAAGAGUCUCACUGAGAGAAAAUCGCAAGUCGAUUGCACUUUCAAUCGCGCGUACAGAUCAAACCGCGAUAUUAAAAAGAAAGGUACAUGCAUACUGCAUUAAGGCAAAUUGCUAUCUUCUACGAAUUAACCGGUUACCGAUCCGCGUCCUUUUUUUUCUCUCUCUCUUUUUGCCACGGCGACACUUCCGACAGGUGAAUUUAUUAAAAUGGAUUAUACUUUCAUUUUGCAGCAAUAAUCUUUAUUUCUUUUCUUUUUUACAAAAACACUACUUGGCACAGCUAAUAGUUUAUAUAUUAAAUAUUUUGCAUAUACGAGAACAAUCGACAUUAAUAACGAGCACGAUUGUCACUCUUCUACAGCAGAAUGCUCUCACAUCCGAACUAAUUGCAGGAAAUUAUCGUUAUCUUAAUUAAUUAAGGCAACUUCAGCGUAAUUAAAACUUUUUUUUCUCUCAGUGCGUGUAACCGAGCGCCGAAAGUGACAACGAUGCAACAGUGUGUGGAAGUAAUAAUAAGCCGUCAAGUGUAGGUAAGCUCUACUUUACAAUAAUUGUGUGUGAUCUGUAAGAAACUGAGAAACCUAGAAACACAAAGCGAAACACUCACGCAGUCAACGAUCACCUUUCGAAUAAGAAUUCAUCUCAUUUUUCUCUCUCUCUUUCGCUCUCUCUCUCUCUCUCUCUCUCUCUCUCUUUCUCUCUUUUUAUUUCUUCGCGUUACUCGUUCCGCGCGCGUGAUCGAUAAUCAAUCCAACAACAACAACAGGGCAUGUCGUAUUUAUGCGACCUAUGGAGAGGUGUGAUACAGUAGCAGUAUUAAUAAUAAUAAGAAUCAUUAUAGUUAUAGAUCGUAGUAGUAAGUAUUAGUGUUAGUAGUGUGUGAUAACUGACAAUACAAAUAUAUUUUCUAAACCUAGGAUGCACCGGGAGGAAGUCGGGGAGGUUCGGAGUGAGGGAG